AUGUAUUCUGUUCAUCGGGGAGUUUACCCUCCUAAGGGCCAUACUUGCACGGACACUUGUUUCCCGGGGGCGAAACUACCGAAGCAGGUUCUACAGUGGGUGGUGACACGGAUCCUCCCGUUGGUGGGCCUGCCGGACCAUCCGGUGGAGCCGUUGGUUCGGGCGAUCAAUCUUCUUCAAGCGGAAUGCCAUCUGCUAGUCCUGUCGGUGCCAAAUCGGGAGGAGGAGGAGGAGGAGGAGGUGGAGGAGGAGGACAUCAAGACGCCCCAACAAUCGGACGGGGUGGUGGUAGAACUCCGGAACUGUGUGGAGAGCUUGGCAAGCGUUACUUCGGAUGCUUCGGGUGCUCCAGGACCUCCGGGGAAGGAUAGUCCUUCGGCUCCUGGAGAUCCUCCUGGCAGCGAUCCGCAUUCGUCCGGUCUCCAGGGACGUGUUCCUUUGUUGGAGCUAAUUAUAAGGUUAGUCUAG